AUGUCUUCGCCCGCGUCCGAUCACGUCAGUCGGCCGUCCGACCCGGAUAGUCUGGUGCUGGAGGCAUGGGGGCAGGGGUUGAUGGUGGGCUCGUUGGUGGUGAUGGCCAUUAUUACCGUGGCCAAUAUGAAGCGGCGCAUCCUGUUGCACAAGUUGAUUUUUGCAGAGUUGAUCCUCGCGAUGCCCCACGGCACCUUCAUCUUCCCCCAUGCGCCCACCUACGGCUGGUAUCUAUCCUGCACGGCGAUCGGCCUCAACAUCUCCUGGAGUCUGCAUAAUGUCAUCGCAUGGAUGAAGAACCGGCCGUUCUUCUCGCGCCGCGUCUCCCUGUUCUACAUCACCACCGUGCUGCUGGUCCAGCCGUACUGGAUCCUGGAGAUCUACGCCAACUUCGCCUACUUCAACAACAUCAACCGGAUCUUCCUGAAAACGCGGCCCCUCGAGCCUCUCUUCCGCGACCCCUGGUGGGUCUUCACCACCUGCUCCCUCUUCUACACCAUCAAGCGCGAGUACGGCUUCAGCUACAAGGAGCUGAUCAUCGCCAGCCCGCGCUUCGGCAUCAUGCUCGUCUCCAUGUGUCUGUCGAUCGCCUUCAUCGUCGUCGACACCUGCGCCGUGCUGGACGUCUUCCACAGCCGGCGUCUGCCGACGGGCGUCGAGCCCUUCUGGAAGCUCUCCUUCAUCUUCAAAUGCCUCUGCGACACCGUCAUCCUCGACGACUUCAAGACCGCCCUCGACGCCCUGCGUCUGUACUGGUUCAAGCGCCGCGCCCAGCGCGGCGAGAUCUUCCUCCCCGGCAGCCAGUACCAGGCCGUGCCGCCGGCCGCGCGCGACGACACCAUCGACGACGACGCCGAGGCGCAGCGCAGCGGCGGCCGCGCCCUGCGCAAGAUCGACUCGUCCGUCCCGCGGGUGUACGCGCGCGAGAACGUAUAG